AUGAUGCGAUAUUUAAGAAGAUGUCUAAGUACAAUCGACUCAACUAAAUCUAUUGAUUUCAUUUCUGCUUUAGUCACAGUCCCAGAGAAACACACAAUUAUGGAAUCUCUCUACUUUUAUCCUUACCUGAAUGGUCGAUAUUGUGGAUACAUUAUAGUAGACAAAAGAACUAAAAAAAUAGUAGCAAUAGACUGCGGCGAUUAUAGGACUUGCAGAUACAAUAUAGAGAAAAUAAUGAAAGAGGUGAACGGGAGUUUCGAUACUUUGCUUUUAACUCAUGGGCAUGAUAAUCACUGCAUAGGAGCAAAAGAUUGGCAUCGAGUCCAUCCUGAGCUACAAAUAAUUGGUGGAAGCCAGUUUUUCCCAUAUGUUCAGCCAGUUGAAGACGGAAAAAUUAUUUUUGUUGGAGAUCUCUGCAUUUAUUGUAUGAAAACUCCUGGACAUACAGAGCAUGAUAUCUCUUAUGUUAUCACUGAAGUUUCAGAAAAUUCCACCAAAACACCUGUCGUUUUUCCAGGAGACACACUAUUUAUUGGAGGAGUUGGUGAAGCUUAUACAGGAAAAUACGAUCUUCUUUAUAACUCAGUUAGGACUCUAAAGAGUUUGCCUAAUGAGACCAUAAUAUUUUCAAGCCAUUUUAAUGCGCUUGAAAAUAUAGCAUUUGCUCAUAUGAUUGAGUCUGAAAAUUUUGUUUUGAAAGAAAAAUUAAAAUGGGCAAAAGAACAAAGAGAAAGCAAAAAAUUAAUUUGCUCGUCAAUAUUGGCUGAAGAGAGGCUUUAUAAUCCAUAUUUUAGGACUGACCAAGCACAUUUCAAAACAUUUACAGAAGCACAAGACCCUGUUGACUGUUUUAUGAGGCUUAAAAUAAUGCAGAAUAAAAUAAUGUCGUAA